GCGGUACAUUUAUUAUUUGCAUCAUUCGGCAUACGUUUCUUCAAGACUUCAAGAGUGUUUACUGUUUGGUGUUAAACAGUUGACAAAAGCGUUAACGUUCGUUUUAAGUAAUAAUUUUAUGGUUUGAUUUAAUCUACAAGAUUAAAAAUGUCCACUGACGAUGACGAUGAUGACGAAUACAUCAUACACGGGAAAUUGUUGGAUCCUAUUCACGAAGAUGAGGUUGUUAAAAGAAAGGAUGCAGAACAACAGUUUGUGAAAGAUGAAAAUGGAAGACGACGAUUUCAUGGAGCAUUUACGGGUGGUUUUUCUGCUGGUUUUUAUAAUACUGUUGGUUCUUUAGAAGGUUGGACACCAAGCACAUUUAAAUCAUCAAGAGACUCAAAAUCUAAACUUAAGUCACAAAAUGCUUAUGAUUUUAUGGAUGAAGAAGAUAAAAAAGACUUAGGAAUUGAUGCAUCAAGUUUAAAAAUCAAAGCAGAAUAUAGUGAUCAUUCUUCAAGAAAACGUCAACUUCCUAUAGUUAAUACUGGCCCUAUUCCUGGUAAACCUGUACUUGGUGAAAUUUUAAAACCAAUUAAAGAUACAUGGGGUGUUGAAUUACUGAAAAGUAUGGGUUGGAAGCCUGGUCAAGGAGUUGGUCCUCAACUUACACAACAAGAAAAAUUGCGUGCUAAAAAAGAACUGAAAAAUGUUGGGAUGAAAUUUAGUAUUGAUACUAAGUAUGGUGAUGACGAUGAUGAUGAAGUGAACGAGUUAUUAAAUAACAUUAAAGUCUCACCUUUUGAAUAUGAAUCUGUAGCUAUUAAACCAAAAUUUGAUACUUUUGGACUUGGUUAUGAAGGUCUUAAGACAACUAAUGUUUCUGUAAAAUCUGAGAACAAAUACAGUAAGCUUACUGUUGGAGGAAAAUCUAUUCAUGGACAAGCUUUCGGAGUUGGUGCUUAUGAAGAUGAUGAUGAUGAUAUUUAUGCUGCUGAAGAUAUGUCAAAUUAUGAUUUUAGUUUGGAAGAAAAAUCUCAGAAAUUAAAAAAUAAAUCUAAAAUUAAUAACUUGAACCCCGAAUGUAUUGAUGGUUUUGUUGAAGAUGAAAGUAAACAUGGCUUAUUUGAAGACCUUCCACCUCCCAUACAAAUUCCUCCUGAAUGGCGUCCCCGUGGAAUGUUUGAUCGAAUAGUAGGACAAUGUCCUCCUGAUUUUUAUAGUCAACCUCUUAAUUCUACUAAUACUUCUUAUACUAAUGUGAAUACUAGACAACGAGAAAUGAAAAAACCCGAGCCACCUCCAUCUGUUGAAGAAUUUAUUAAAAAAGAAGUGCCUAGUUCAUUAUCAGAUAUUAUAUCUGAUCGGUUUACUAGAGCUGAAUUACCAGAUGAUUCUACCAACGCUUUAAUACCAGUUAUUCGUACUACUGAUCCAACAUUAGAAAGACUAAAAAACUAUGCCAGCAAACAAAUGUAUGGUUUUUGGACUCGUAAAACUGAACCCUGGGUUCCUGAUAAAUUACUUUGUAAAAGAUUUAAUAUCCCUGUGCCUAAACAAUCGAUGAUCAAUUAUACAGAAGAUGGUAAGAAGCAUGGAGAAUGCAGUCUCUUUAACUCUCUAGAAUUUCCAACAUAUGAAUCUGUAUCAACUUCUGAAAGCAAAAUUCCGAAUAGCUUGCCAUUGGCUAUAAAUAAUGUGAUUACAGAUAAUGAUAAACCGUUAAAGUUGAAUGAAAGUAUUAUGGAAGCAACUAGUGAUGAAGUAGAAAGUCAAAAACCAAGUGUUGAUUUUUUCAAAGAUAUAUUUUUGGAUGAUAGUGAUGAUGAAACUUUAAUUGUUCAAAAUUCAAUAAAAAGUGAAGAAGUAUCUACAAAUUCUAAUGAAAAGGAAUUACGUUCAACAAAUAUCUCCAUCAAAAAAGAAAAUACAGUAGAAUCUAACGUCCAAAGUUCUUCAACAUUCAAUCUUUUUCCUCCCAAAGGUAUUUUUGCCAAUCUUAAUUUUGGUGAUUUAUUUGAUACACCAAAUAAAAAUAAUAAAAAUGAAAACGAACAUAGCAGUAAAAAUCAAACUGAUAAUAUAAAUAAGUCAUAUGGUCCAAUUUUGCCAGCACAGCGUGACUUAAAUUCAAGUUUGGUCAAUAUUAAGGUUGAAAAUUCUUUUGUUGAUGAUGAUUGGGUGGAAAAAUCAGAAUCGCCCACAAAUAUUUCAAAUAAUAAAAAUAAACACAGUAAACAUAAGAAGCACAAACAUAAACAUAAAUCAAAAAAGAAAUCUCAUAAACAUAAAUGAUGUUCUUAUGUUUAAUUUUAAACUUAAAUGUUAU